AUGAUUUAUAGAUUAAUUAGUGUAAAAUCUAAAAAUAUUUAUUAUGUUCAAACAAGUUUUCGACUAUUUUUUAAAAGUAGUAAACCAGACAGUAUUGGGGCAAAUCAUCGAAUUUUAACGGAAGUAGAUGGUGAAUCUCUUUUGGAAAAAAGAAAUAAUAUUAAAUCAAAAUUCCUUUCAUUUGAUGACACAUUACUUCAAUCACCUAGAAUUUUCCAACAACCAAUUAAUUUAUCUGUUCCACCCAUUCCAACAACAACAUUAAAUAAUAAUUCUCCAAAACUUGCAAAAAAUAUUUUAUUAAUUAAAGAAAAUAAUAAAAAUAAAAGUAAUUCGAUAGAGGGAAUUUCUAAUUAUGAAAAACUUAAAAAGAAAUUAACAACAACAACAAGUAAAAAGUAUAAGAAACACAAUAAAGAUAAAAAUGAAGAAUCCAAAAUUGUUAAAAAAUUAAUUUCGAAAGAAGUUGAAAAAAGUGGGGAAGAAGAGGAAUCUUCUUCAUUUUUAAAUGAAAAUGUGAACAAAGCAAUUAUUUAUAGAGAAGAUUUAAAUGUUAAUUUAGUAGAAGAUAAUAGUAAUAAUAAUGUUAAUCAACAUUUGGAUAUACCUACAACAACAACAACAAAUAUUUACUAUAAUAAUAAUUUAAAUGAAGAUGUUUCUUCAGCAAUGUUGUCAACAUUUCCUUACUAUUACUAUUAUUGUUGUAUUUCUCCAAAUCAACAACAAAAUUUAUUUGGUUCUUUAAUUAUGGAUUUAACUAAUAAUGAAGGAGGAGGAGAAUAUUUAAAUAAUAAUUGUAUUAUACCUGAUUAUUGGACAUCUGCAGUUAUGGCAGCAGUUGUUGAUAUUAAUAAUGAAGAUAAUAAUAAUGAAAUGUUAAACAAUCAAGCUAUUCCUUUACCUUUAUUACAACCUCCCUUAGAUUCUGAUUUGGCUUCUUCAAUUUUUCAUUGGCCACAAAUUUUCCCUCAAAAUAGUAAAGAUUUUGAAAUAAAAAUUAUUCGUGUCAGAGAAUAG